AUUGCGCCAACAAAAGCAUGGGUGUCACUUCUGUGAAGAAUAGAAGAAAGAUCUUCUGGUGCAGCCCAAAUCUGUGUUUCAAAUAUCAUGGUCUGAAACUUUUCAAGUUGUUCUUGUGUUUGUUUGAACAUGAGAAAAUGCACAAUUUAAUACUUGAUGAUGGACAGAUAAGUAUUGGCAUGGGGGAUCUAGACAUUCCAAGGUUUUGCCCUGGCCCUGCUAUUCAAGGGCGUCUUGGGACUGUCAUUUUAGGACUGCCUUUAAGUAGAGGAAGAAUAGCAUUUGGAUCAGACACUCGCUGCACUUACAAAAAUGGCUCAUUGGUGGUGCUGGACUCAUGGGUCGAAUAUCAAAGCCCCAAGCUGCUCAGGGUGGAUGCAAAUUGUUCAAUGGCUACUUGUGGUGACGAGACAUACAACUUGAAGGUGCACCAGCAGGUGGCCAAUAAGGCAAUGACCGAAAUGCGUACAGCAGACGGAUUAGCAAAUCUAGUCAAGGAAACCAUGCGCACAUACUACCGUAAAUCCAUCAAUUCAGGGAUUUUCUUAGGUGUCAUCGAGGAUGGCAAAACAAGAUUUUUUCAUCACAAGACAUACUCGGGACAUCCAAAUUUGUUGACGCAAUGCGGAAAUGUGAUGGGUUUAUGAAAAUGAAUUUAGGAAGAGAGGUUGGUUAAUUGAAAGGUGAGGCUUAUAUUAAUAUGAAAAUGAAAAUAUUACAAGAGGCUUGUGUAGCAACUUUGGCUUACACUAGUUGGUUAUAAAGAGGCACUUUGGCUCUUACUCUAAA